AUGUUUCAGCAACCAUUUUAUCCUCAUCAACCAGGUUUUCCUAAUAACCGUGGUCCAACAAAUCAUUUUAUGCCAUCUCGUCCAUUUUUUUAUCGUCCAAAUGGUUCUGUAAUAAAUCAAAGUACGCAUAAUUUUAAUUUUACACGUGAUUUUGAACGUUUUCCAAUGCCACAUCAUGGUUUUACUUCAGUGCCAUCAGGUAAUUAUCCUCCAUUUUAUGAUUUUAAUAAUCAACAAUUUGAACAACAACGAUGGAGACAAAAUAUGGCUCGUCCUUCACAACAACAACAACAACAACAACAACAUCGUCGAACACCAGCUUUUCAUUUUCAAGAUCAAUCAACAUCCUAUUUUAUGACUGAUCCAAUUGUAACAAAUGAUGAUCGUUUAACUAUUCAAUUAACGAAGGUUCAUAUUGGACCAAAUGGUGAUCAACAACGUGUAUUUGUCGAACAAGAAUUUAGUAACGAAAAAGAAUUAAAUAAAUUUGUUCGAAAUUUAAGACAUAAUUUUGAAAAAACAUUUAAUAAUCGUUCAUCGGAUCAUAAUAGUAUUAAUUCAGAUGAAAGUAACUGUACAGAUAGUAAAAAAUCUGGUGUUAUUGUCAUUGAAGAACCCGAUGAAGAACCUAAAGUUUAUCAACAACAAGUAUAUAAUGCAAAUAUUGAAACAAAAAAAGCUACAUCAUCUAUAAUUACACCACCAAUGUCACCACCAAUGGAAUCUGUACCUCCACCAAAACUUGAAGAUCAUUCUCAACCAUCAAAACGUGAACAUCGUCGUACAAAACAUAUGUCACCAUCAACUUCUCAAAUGUCAUCAUCAUCAACAACACGUUCACGUCGACGUCAUAAAAAUAAAAUGAAAUAUCGUCGACAACAAAUCGAUAAUCGAGAAGAACCAAAAUUAUCACAUCCAUUUCCAAUGUCAAGUUUUUCACGUCAAUUUCAAUCUACACCAAUACCAUCAAGUUUUCAACAAAGGUUUUAUCCUAGAGAUAAUAGUUUUCGGAUGAAAACUCCUUUUACUAUACCAACAAAUCCAAAUCCAAAUCCUCAAUGGAGAUUCAAUCAACAUGGAAAUCCAAAAACUCGUUCACGUUCAUAUGUACCACCUAUGAAUGAUCAUUUUCCACCUCCACCUCCAACACCAUCACGUUUUCAUAAUCCAAUCGAUCCAUUUUUUCAAUCGAUCCAUUCAUCAAAAUUUUCUCAUCAUCGUCAUAAAGAUUCUCACGUACCAUCAUCACCUACAAAAGCUCAUCGUUCACAACGUCGACAAUCAUAUCAUCCAACAACAAUAGCAGAAAAUCAUGUUUAUCCACAUAAUGAACAACAACAACCACGUGUUCAACGUACAAAAUCUGAAUGUCAAAAUUUUCAACAACAGCAACAAAAAAGUCAAAGUACAACAAAUUUUCCAAAUUUUUCACCAUUACAACAACCGCCUAUUAUUCAAAGACAUUUUACACCAUUUCGUUCACCACCUGUUAUUCCACCAUCAGUAAAUACGACAGUACCACUUUUUUAUCCAAAUCAAAGAAGACAAUUUGGACAUAUGCAAACACCAUUACAUUUAAUAAAGACUUUUCGUUUAAGUACAAAUCGUUUUUAA